AUGUACAGCAAUUUCAAGGAACAAGCGAUCGAGUACGUGAAGCAAGCGGUUCAAGAGGAUAAUGCUGGGAAUUACAAUAAGGCGUUUCCUCUGUAUAUGAACGCGCUUGAGUACUUCAAAACCCAUCUCAAGUACGAGAAGAAUCCGAAGAUCAGAGAAGCAAUCACCCAGAAAUUCACUGAGUAUCUCCGCCGUGCAGAGGAGAUCCGCGCCGUUCUCGAUGAAGGUGGAUCGGGCCCGGGAUCUAACGGCGACGCGGCGGUCGCGACUAAGCCGAAGACCAAGGCGAAAGAUGGAGAAGGAAAAGAUGGAGAGGAUCCGGAGCAAUCGAAGCUCCGAGCUGGUUUAAACUCUGCGAUUGUGAGGGAGAAGCCUAAUAUCAAGUGGACAGAUGUUGCUGGGCUUGAAAGUGCGAAACAAGCUUUGCAGGAAGCUGUGAUUUUGCCCGUCAAGUUUCCACAGUUCUUCACCGGAAAGAGGCGGCCAUGGCGAGCUUUUCUGCUGUAUGGGCCACCUGGAACAGGAAAAUCGUACUUGGCCAAGGCUGUUGCUACUGAAGCAGACUCUACGUUUUUCAGUGUGUCGUCAUCAGACCUGGUCUCGAAGUGGAUGGGUGAAAGUGAGAAGCUAGUAUCAAACCUUUUCGAGAUGGCCCGUGAAAGUUCUCCAUCGAUUAUCUUCGUUGAUGAGAUCGAUUCUCUGUGCGGUCAACGUGGAGAAGGAAACGAGAGCGAAGCCUCAAGACGUAUCAAAACAGAGCUUCUUGUGCAGAUGCAGGGUGUUGGACACAAUGAUGAUAAAGUACUUGUGCUUGCAGCAACCAAUACGCCUUAUGCUCUUGAUCAGGCUAUUAGGCGACGUUUUGAUAAGCGUAUCUAUAUUCCUCUCCCAGAGGCCAAGGCUAGGCAGCACAUGUUCAAAGUCCAUUUGGGAGACACGCCUCAUAAUUUAACCGAAGCUGAUUUUGAAUAUUUAGGGAUCAAGACAGAAGGAUUCUCUGGUUCAGAUGUCUCCGUUUGUGUAAAGGAUGUUUUGUUCGAACCUGUUCGCAAAACGCAAGAUGCAAUGUACUUUUAUAAGGCACCUGAUGGUACAUGGAUGCCAUGUGGACCUAGGCAACCUGGUGCCAUCCAGACUACCAUGCAAGAUCUAGCAGCUAAAGGACUUGCUGAAAAGAUUAUUCCACCACCGAUCACCAGAAACGAUUUCGAGAAGGUACUUGCAAGACAAAGGCCAACAGUGAGCAAAUCUGACCUUGAUGUCCAUGAGAGAUUCACACAGGAAUUUGGAGAAGAAGGUUGA